CCAGCGAUGGAUGACAACUCCGGCUCGGAGCAAGACGUUGAGGGUACAAACGAGGAACCGAUGUAUCAAAUGUCACUAACCAACUAUAAACCGACAUGACAACCUAUUCGAUGGCACGUUGGGCAAAUAUACCGGUGAAGAAGUCAAGUUAUGCGUGCGGGAUGGGACCGAGCCAGUAUUUUGUCGAGCGCGCCCCGUGCCUUAUGCAUUGCUGGCGCGGGUCAAUGCUGAGUUAGACGCGAUGCUGCGCGCCGGCGUCAUCGAGCCCGUUGAACGGUCCGACUGGGCCACACCGCUAGUUAUAGCGAGGAAGGGAGACGGUGGAAUACGCUUAUGCGCGGAUUAUAAGGUGACACUUAACAAGGCUUUACUGGUUGACAGGUACCCGGUCCCGAAGGUAGAGGACUUAUUUAGUAAUUUGAGUGGCAAUCAUUAUUUUACUAAGCUAGAUUUGUCACAGGCUUACAAUCAAUUAAUUUUGGAUGAAACUUCUCGGAACUACACAGUAAUUAAUACACACAGAGGACUUUUUAAAUACAAUCGCCUCGUUUAUGGUCUCUCUUCCAGUCCGGGCAUUUUUCAAAAGUUCAUGAUGAAUCUCUUUAAAAACGUGCAGGACGUAGUCAUAUUCUAUGAUGAUAUUUUAAUAAAGAAUAAGUCAUUAGAAUCUCAUUUAGAAAGAGUUGAACAGGUUUUUAGUAUUUUAGAGAGGAAUGGGUUGAAAAUAAAAAAAGAAAAGUGUGAGUUUAUGGUAGGCCAAGUAAAAUAUUUAGGAUUCAUAAUUGAUAAACAUGGCGUACGGGUAGAUGCAAAUAAAAUAAAACCGAUCCUAUCUAUGCCCGACCCAACUAACGUCUCAGAGUUGAAGUCUUUUCUCGGUAUGGUUAAUUUCUAUGGAAAAUUCAUUAAGAAUUUGAGUACUCAUAUUACACCACUUUACGAAUUACUUAAGAAAGGUAAACAUUGGCAAUGGACUAAAACACAUAGAUAUGUGUUCAAUAAAAUUAAACAACUUCUAUGUAGUACUGAAGUAUUGACACACUUUGACAUAUCGCUGGAGAGCAUAGUAACAUGCGACGCGAGCGCACGCGGGCUGGGGGCCGUGCUGGCACAGCGCGCGUCUGACGGCAGCGAGCGGGUUGUGGCGUACGCAUCGCGGGCGCUCACUGCCGCGGAGUUACACUACAGCCAGAUACAUAAAGAAGCCUUGGCUAUAAUUUUCGCGGUAGACAAGUUUCAUCAGUAUCUUUAUGGCAGAAAGUUUACACUACGUACAGAUCAUAAACCGCUGGUCACAAUUUUUGGGCCCCAUGCAGGAAUACCGAACACGGCGGCGAGUCGUUUACAGCGGUGGGCCAUUAAACUAUCAGCUUACGAUUUUAAUAUAGAGUACAUUCGAUCAGAUAAAAACACGGCAGAUAUUUUGUCUAGGUUAAUUAGCACUCAUAAAGAAGGGGUUAUUAGUGAAGAAUUAGACACACCUGAACAAACGUAUUUACACUUUGCCGCGGAAGCAUUGUUAUUAGAUUAUCAAACGUUAAAAAAAGAAACCGUUUCGGAUAGUGUAUUGAGCAGAGUAGCCAGAUAUAUAAACGAUGGCUGGCCGGUCGAGGUCGAAAUGAAAGAAUUAAAACCAUAUUUUAACCGUAGAAAGGAAUUAUAUAUUGAGCUAGGGUGUGUAAUGUGGGGACAUAGGCUAGUAAUUCCUAGUACGUGUAGGAAUAAAGUGAUCGCUGAGCUUCAUGAGAGUCACAUGGGCAUAGUCAAAACUAAAUCGUUAGCGCGAAGUUACGUAUGGUGGCCGGGAAUAGACGAGGCACUAGAGACAGCAUGUUGCAGCUGCACCGUGUGCGCUGAAGUGGCGGACGCACCACCUGCGCAUGCGCCCCGCGCCUGGCCGUGGCCAGAUCGACCGUGGACCAGGAUACACGUAGACUUCUUAGGACCGGUAGCCGGUCUUACUUAUCUAGUGGUAGUCGAUGCACAUUCAAAGUGGAUUGAAGCUAUUAGAAUGCUGAGCACCACAUCGCAAGCGGUAAUAAAAGAAUUACGAGAGAUGUGGGCGAGAUUUGGGUUACCUAAACAAUUGGUUAGUGAUAAUGGCCCUCCGUUUUUCAGUGGAGAAUUUCAGCAAUUCUUAAAUAAUAAUGGUAUAGAACAUAUAUUUUCGGCACCUUAUCACCCAGCUUCUAAUGGGGCAGCGGAAAACGCUGUUAAAAUUUGUAAAAAGAGCAUUAAAAAGGCGAUUAAAUCGAAAUCCGACGUACACUCCACAUUGUGUCGUUUUCUGCUGGCGUACAGAAACACACCACACUAUACAACCGGGGAAAGCCCCGCCAAGAUGUUAUUAGGGCGCAACUUGCGCAUGCGGUUAGAUUGUUUGAAACCAGACCAGAAGGCACUUAUUAGAGCUCGCCAAGAGACAGUAGAAGCUACAUCGAGUGGCGUCACAAGACAGUUUAAUCCGGGGGACCUUGUAUGGUUCAGAGAAUACCGUAGCUCAAACAAGUGGUCUGCAGGGACUGUUAUAGAGAAAACAGGUAGUACAGAUUAUAAUGUUAAAUCUAUCCACGGCACUGAGGUGCAUAGACACAUUGACCAACUAAAACCAAGAGUGAUAAAUAGGACAGCUAGGCUAGUAGAUGCAAACUUUAGGAACUUUCAACCAGUUCAGCCUGUUAAGAGCUCUCGCUCUUCUCUCGUGUUUCCUUCGGACAAUAAUCGAGCGCCGAACACAGAACCGGACCGGACAAACGGAACCAGCUUGACGAAAGCAUUGGUCGAGGAAACAUCCCGCACGCAAACAGACGGAAGUGAUUUGGUUACAAGUGAACCCUUGUCAACGUCAAGUGUACCUUUAAAUAUGCCCAAGGUGCAGGAGACGGGUAGUCCUAGGGUUCCUAUUACUCGGGAUAUACGAACUAGUAAUCGUACACGCAAACCGGUUAAGAGAUAUGGGUUUGAUGAUGAUUGAAGUAAGAAAAUAUAUUAUAAGAUUGUUAAGAUUAUUAUUGAUAUGUUGUUUAAUAUAAUUUAGUAAGUAAGUUU